CGUGUGGGUGGGACUUCCGGUGGAGCACACCCGGAAGAUUCGGAUGCAAGUUUCACUGCCCGACCGUGCAUCCAUAUGGUCGUUAUUGUAAACGUUUUAAUGUGAUUUAAGACUUUUUCUACACCGUAGUCUUGCAAAAAAUGUUAUCCUUAGACUUCCUCGACGAUGUUCGUCGCAUGAAUAAGCGGCAGCUCUACUAUCAGGUGCUGAACUUUGGUAUGAUUGUUUCCUCUGCGCUGAUGAUCUGGAAGGGAUUGAUGGUUGUCACUGGUAGUGAGAGUCCUAUUGUUGUUGUUCUCAGUGGAAGUAUGGAGCCAGCUUUCCACAGAGGAGACCUCUUGUUCCUGACCAACCGGGUAGAGGAUCCAAUCAGAGUCGGAGAGAUUGUUGUCUUCAGAAUAGAAGGCAGAGAGAUCCCAAUUGUACACAGAGUACUAAAGAUCCAUGAAAAGGAAAAUGGAGACAUUAAGUUCUUGACCAAAGGGGACAACAAUGCAGUGGAUGACAGAGGGCUGUACAAGCAGGGUCAACACUGGCUGGAGAAAAAAGAUGUGGUGGGACGAGCUCGGGGGUUUGUGCCAUACAUCGGAAUUGUCACCAUCCUCAUGAAUGACUAUCCCAAGUUUAAAUAUGCCGUUCUCUUCAUGCUGGGUCUAUUCGUGUUGGUCCAUCGGGAGUGAGGUGCUUCAAGCUUCAGCACUUGAGAAGGAUAAACUACGUCCAGGAAACCUCAGUCAUGCCUUUCAGAACAGAAUUAAGUUAGAAUUGUCAAACCCAACUGGCUUUUUGUACCAUUUGUUUGAACAUUUUGUAGAAAUGUGGAUAGGGUGUUUACAUUUGAAAUAUCCAAGCUUUAAAAAUAUUUUUGUGAGGGAACUAGGUUAGAUUUAGCUUGAAGUCUAUCUUUAUUUGUAAUCUUCAGAAUGUGAAAUGACAUUCUUAAAGUCGUUUCUUUCCUGUUAAAUCAUUGUCUUAUGUGAAGAAUAUGUGAAGUAUUUUAUGACAACUGAAUAUGAAUGAAAAUUAAAUAUGAAAUCUGGUUACCAUCCCCUAUGAAUUA